AUGUCAUUCAGAACCAAUUCCAUCCGUAUGGCUAGAUUAGCCACCUCAAAAGCUACUUUGUCAAAAAGAACUUUUUCAUUGUUGGCUAAUGCUACUAGAACUACCACCAUUGCUAAGGCUACCAUGCCAAUGAUGGCUGUACGUGGUGUCAAGACUAUCAACUUUGGUGGUACUGAAGAAAUUGUUCACGAAAGAGCUGAUUGGCCAAAGGAAAAAUUGUUGGACUAUUUCAAGAAUGAUACUUUAGCUUUGAUUGGUUACGGUUCUCAAGGUUACGGUCAAGGUUUAAACUUGAGAGAUAACGGUUUGAAUGUCAUUCUCGGUGUACGUAAGAAUGGUGCUUCUUGGAAAGCUGCUGUCGAAGAUGGUUGGGUCCCAGGUGAAAACUUGUUUGAUGUCAAUGAAGCUGUUGAAAAAGGUACCAUUGUUAUGAACUUGUUGUCAGAUGCCGCUCAAUCUGAAACUUGGAACACCAUCAAGCCUUUGUUGACUGAGGGUAAGACCUUGUACUUUUCCCACGGUUUCUCACCAGUUUUCAAAGAUUUGACUCACGUCGAACCACCAAAGAACAUUGAUGUUAUCUUGGCUGCUCCAAAGGGUUCAGGUAGAACCGUCAGAUCUUUGUUCAAAGAAGGUAGAGGUAUCAACUCAUCAUAUGCCGUCUGGAACGAUGUCACUGGUAAAGCUGAAGAAAAAGCUAUUGCUAUGGCCAUUGCUGUUGGUUCAGGUUACGUUUACCAAACCACCUUUGAAAGAGAAGUCAACUCAGACUUGUACGGUGAAAGAGGAUGUCUUAUGGGUGGUAUUCACGGUAUGUUCUUGGCUCAAUACGAAGUCUUGAGAGAAAACGGCCACACUCCAUCUGAAGCUUUCAAUGAAACCGUCGAAGAAGCUACUCAAUCAUUAUAUCCAUUGAUUGGUAAAUACGGUAUGGACUACAUGUACGACGCUUGUUCCACUACUGCUAGAAGAGGUGCUUUGGACUGGUACCCAAGAUUCAAGGAUGCUUUGAAACCAGUCUUUGAGGAAUUGUACGAAUCUGUUAGAAACGGUACUGAAACCAAGAGAUCUCUUGACUUCAACUCGCAACCAGACUACAGAGAUAGAUUGGAAGAAGAAUUACAGACUAUCAGAAAUAUGGAAAUCUGGAAAGUUGGUAAGGAAGUUAGAAAAUUGCGUCCAGAAAACCAAUAA